AUGUCUUCCGUUGAACACAAUGGGACCCGGAAACCCGAUGAUAUCGAUACUCACUCUAUGUUCUCAUUACAGGAACUAGAUCCAUCUCCGGUGCAAGAGGAGUUCCCUGAUCUUGAAAAUGGCGCAUGCCUCCCCAAUAUUCAGGACCCUCAGCCCGAGUCGUUCGACAGGUGCCCGAGCAACCUCCCAGCUGCAAAUCUUGGGCUCCGCGGAUAUAACUGGGAUUCCUGGUUAUCUGCAUUCCAGAAAUACUCGACAUACCCACCGACGCUGUUCUUAGCGCUGCAUUUUACCAACACGGCCUUGAUUCCCCUAGUUACCCGCUCGGUGUCCGAUAGCGACACUUAUCUUCUCCUGACGCGACCUAUCUACCAGGCCCCCUCGCUUGAGCAUCUAGUCCUCACAAUCCCCAGUCUAGUGCACGUGGCAUCGGGAAUUGCUCUCCGCGGCAUUCGCUCCUCUCGUCGAGCUCGAUUGUACGGCGUAGAGACUAGGUCGCAGAGGUCUCUGUUGAGGUUCUGGCCUCGCGUCAGCCUGCAAGCGCAAACCGGUUAUGCGCUCGUACCGUUGCUCAGCUUUCAUGCCCUAGUCAAUCGUGUCGCGCCAUUGAUAUAUGACGGUGGGAGCUCCGGCGUGGGUUUAGGCUACGUAGCGCAUGCGUUCACUCGGAAUCCUACUUUCUGGAACGUCUAUUAUCUGGCGUUUGUCGCCGUCGGGGUCUGGCAUAUAGUUGGAGGGUGGGCCGCUUGGAUGGGGUGGAGGGUGAUGACAGUCCGGAGAGACCGAAAGCCCAAGAAGGGCUCGCUCGAGGACUAUUUCAACGAGCCCGGAAACCAACAGCGAUCUAGGAGACAAAGGAAGAUGUGGUGGACGGUAAACGGAAUGGCAGCUAUGGGGUUUUCUAUCUGGUUGGGAGGAGCCUUGGGGAUAAUAGGGCGAUCAGGGCAAGGAUCUGGAUGGGAGGUCAACGGCUGGAAUGAAAUAUACCACCGAAUACCUAUUAUUGGAUCAUGGUUGUAA